UUGUCCAUUGAGGGAACUAUCUGGCUUAAAAUUGUCAGGGGAUCCUUUGAUGCUAUCAUGUUUGCUGAGUUUGUCAAUGGGUUGCUCAAGAACAUGAACCCAUAUCCUGGAAAGAAUUCUGUGCUUGUGAUGGACAACUGUUGCAUCCAUCAAUCAGAGCUUAUUUGGGAGAUGGUCAAAGCUUGGUGA